AUGGCCUUCUCGUCCUUGCCAGAGGACGACUCUUUACGCUCAUCAAGCGUUGUCGUCGAUAGCCCAGUUCCCCAACGGCGGACCAAGCCCGAUCUUGAUUUUAUAGACGAAGACGACGAGGAUGAACUCAGUAUUGUCUCCCAAUCGCCCUACUUUACUCAGCCUACCCAGAUCGCCUCGCAACCGACAGUGAAGCCACGAGAAGCCGCCAUCCCGUCUUCCCCCACGGUCGUCGAAAAACCAAAGUUGUUCAAUGAUGUCGGAAGUCCCGUUACCAGCCCAGCAAAGCCCUACGUCCUUCAAGAGGACUGGGUCACGCUCCGAUCUUCUUCGCCAGAAUCCUUGCAAUUCAUACGUCCGAAAGACUCUCCUUUAAAGCCUGCCCCAGCACCGUCCGCACCGGCUCGCCGCCGCCUAAUUCAGGGUCGUCGGCGACGCAGCCCGUCGCCAGCCAGCUCGCCAGCGAAACCGAUCGAGAAGCCCGUUUCCAAACUCAAACAGACAAAAAUCAUCACGCUCGUUAGCGACGACGAAGAUGACGAUGACUACGUCCAGAAGAAGUCGGCUCGCUCGCCUGAACCGCAGCCGGAACACUCGCAACGGGAUCCGGAAGAAGAUGCCUUCGAAGAGCGUGUCCUGCACUACCUCAAUACCUGCGAUCCUAUACAAUUGAUGGCCAUUGCCAACGUCAAAGAAGACGUUGCAAAGCACAUGCUCUCUUACCAACCUUUCAAUAGUGUGGCUGAUGCUGAAAGUGUGACCAUGGCAGCAAAGGCUACGAAGGUCAAGCGCAAGAAGUCGACUAGGGCACCCGUUGGCGAAGAUAUCGUGGGCUCUAUCAAGGAGUACACCAAAGCGCUGGAUGGCAUUGACCAUGUUAUUGCUGUCUGCGAGUCGCAAGCAGCCGCGAUCAAGGACGCCACCUCGAGGUGGAAGGUCGAUCAAACCGGUCAGCCUCGAACAGUGAAGAACAAAGAUGGAACCAUUACGCCUCUCAGCAUUGACGGUACGACUACGCUGAUCGAUCUUCCCUUAAGCCAGCCGGAGCUCAUGAGCGGCUGCACGAUGAAGCCUUUCCAGCUGUAUGGGCUUAACUGGUUAUACCUAUUGUAUGAAAACCAGUAUGCCAGCAUUCUAGCUGACGAUAUGGGUCUGGGCAAGACUUGCCAGGUUAUCAGCUUAAUCUCAGCAAUUGUCGAGGAACAUGAGAAACAUAGCCAGGAUGACGAUAGCAACCAACCAUGGCCAAACAUCAUCUUUGUCCCUCCGUCCACUCUCGCGAAUUGGGCCGCCGAGUUCAAGAGGUUCGCCCCGGGCUUGAAUGUUACCUUGUACCAGGGAUCGCAAUCUGUCCGCGAUGAGAUUGCCGACAACAUCUUGGAUGAUCCCGCCAGCCACCACGUCGUCUUGACAUCCUACUCCCAGGUGUCGCGUCAGGACGACAUCUCGAACCUGAGACGGCUGAAGCCGAUGGUAGCGGUGUUCGACGAGGGUCACAAGAUGAAAAAUCCAAAGACAAAGCUCUAUAAGGAUUUGCUCAAGAUCACAGCAACGUGGCGGCUCAUUCUGUCAGGCACGCCCGUUCAGAACAAUCUCAUGGAGAUGAUUUCAUUGCUUCAGUUCGUCGAGCCGGAGCUCUUCAAGGACCACUUCGAUGAUCUCGAAGCACUUUUCAAUCAGAAGUUUUCUUUGACGGCAGUCUCGCAAGGCGCAUUGCUUCAUAGUGAACGAGUGGCGCGGGCGCGCACAAUCCUGGAGCCCUUCAUCUUACAACGUCGCAAAGAGCAGGUCCUCAAGGACAUGCCUCCCAAAACAGCCAAAGUCGUCUACUGUGAAAUGGACGACGUACAGGCGGCAAUAUAUAAAGACUACGAACGCCGAUUUCGGAAGACUGACGCCACAGGCGCCAGCGGUGUCGGUCGUGACAACGACAACAACAACGUCUGGAUUCAGCUCCGGAAAUCCGCAAUCCACCCGCAGUUGUUCCGGCGUUAUUUCAAUGAUUCGACGGUGGAAAAGAUGGCCAACAUUUUGAUGAAAAAGGUCGACCAAUCGGAGCUUCGGCAGCCGAAGAUCGAACAUCUGAUCAAUGAGCUCAAGGCCCUUUCGGACUUCGAACUUCAUCUUUGGUGCAGAGAUUACAAGUGCAUCAGACAAUUCGAUCUUCCGGAUGGGUCAUGGAUGGAGAGUGCCAAGGUCCAGGCACUAUUGAAGCUGAUAAGACAGUACCAGAAGAACGGUGACCGCGCUCUGGUGUUCACACGAUUCGCCAAAGUCAUUGAGAUCUUGGGAGAAUGCCUUGCGUCGGAGAAGAUCGAAUAUCUCUCCCUGCAAGGAAACACGGAUGUUAGUGAACGUCAGGAACUCAUCAACGAUUUUAACGCCGACGCGACCAUCCCCGUCUUUUUGCUCACGACAGGUUCGGGCGGCACAGGAAUCAACCUGACUGCAGCCAACAAAGUCAUCAUAUUCGACCAGUCCGACAAUCCGCAAGACGAUAUUCAGGCCGAGAACCGCGCUCAUCGUCUCGGCCAGACUCGCCCUGUGGAGAUUGUCCGGCUCAUCAGCAAAGAUACCGUCGAAGAGCUGGUUUACAAGGCGUGCCAGAAGAAGCUGGAGCUCGCCAACAAGGUGGUCGGCUGGUCCACGGUGGAGAUGUCCCAGUCUGAGAUGGAGGCCCAAGUCCGCGCUGCUAUCAUGAAUGGCGGCUCGAUCGCAACUCCUCCAUCCGACUAG